AUGAUCAGCCGUGCUUUGGACGGUUUUACUCCAUUAGCAGUAGCGCUCCAACAAGGACACGAUCGGGUCGUGGCCGUACUGCUUGAGAAUGAUGCCCGUGGAAAAGUUCGACUUCCUGCCCUCCAUAUCGCCGCCAAAAAGGACGACAUCCGAGCGGCGACCCUACUCUUACAGGUACUUCAUGUCGGAUUACGGUAG